CAUCAAUCAUUCAUAUCCAAUUCUACUUCAUUCCCAAUAAUCACCCAUUCAACAUCACUCAUCCACUUACUCAACACGCAAAUCCAAAUAAAAACCCCCGAGUGAACCAAACAAAGGAAAGAAAAAAGAAAGAAAGAAAGAAAAUGCAACCCCCCAAACCAAGAGUGAUCAUGGACCCUCACCACCGCCAACCACUACCACCCCGUGGACAACGUCCAGCGGGAGCAGCAGGUAUCAAAGAUAUCCGCCAAACGAAAGAAUAUAAACUUGCUGCGAGACGAUGGAUAUCAGUAAUGGUGGGAUUACCCAUCUUGAUGUAUACGUCUUGGAGUUUGUAUGAGAGGACGUAUGGGGAUAAGAGGCCGAAGAGGUUGGUGGAGAGGUCGUCUACUUCUUCUACUACUACUACUAUUACUCCUUCGGGGGUGAGUUCUGGGAAGGGGGAGGGGGAGGGGGAGGGGGAGAAGUAAGUAGGGAUUUGAUUAUAGGAUGGGUGGACUUGAGGGUAGGGAUGGGUGUAUUGUAUUGUAUUUAUAUGAGGUAUGAUGAAUUGCGGUUGUUAUUGCUUUGGGGAGGAGUGUAUAAUAUUAUUUGUGCGUUUGUUCGUUUGUACGCUGUGCGUUGAGUGUGAUUG